CAGCCCCCUGUUUCCUCCGCACUGCUCGGCAGCUUCAUUGGUCAGCGCCUCUCUUGAAUGAAGCGCCGCAGAAACGUGCAGGCAGCGGGCAGAAGGAAGCUGUGUGGGCCGCCGCAGGGAGCGACCGACGCGCAGCGACACGACCCCCGGGCGCGUUGCGGUGUGUGUCGGUGAACACCGUUUAUCCGUCGAGCAGAGGCAGUUGGCUCUCUCCCGGAGCUCCGCGUGUGAAUGAGGUUGAUGCUGCUCUGUUGCACCUGGAAGGACGAACGCAUGGGAGAGGAGGAAGCUGGAGGAAGUUUGCCCGUGUGCGCGGGAUGCAAACAGAGGAUCUACGAUGAGCAGUACCUCCAGGCCCUUAACAAUGACUGGCAUACCGUCUGCUUCAGGUGUUGUGAGUGCAGCGCCUCGCUGUCCCACUGGUAUUAUGAAAAAGAUGGCCGGCUCUUCUGCAAGAAGGACUACUGGGCCAAAUUUGGGGAGCUGUGCCAUGGCUGCAACGACCCGAUCACCACUGGCCUCAUUAUGGUCGCAGGGGAACAGAAAUAUCACCCAGAAUGCUUCACAUGUCUGAACUGCCGAUCGUUCAUCGGUGAUGGAGACACAUACGCUCUGGUGGAGAGAUCUAAACUGUACUGUGGUCACUGCUACUACCAGACCGUCGUGACCCCGGUGUCGCUACCGGACUCGCCAUGCUCACGGAUCCCUCACACGGUCACACUGGUGUCCAUCCCGGCCUCCGCUGAUGGCAACAAUGGACGCAAAGGGCGCGGUUUCUCCGUGGCGAUUGACCAGCCACUAAGCCCGACCAAUGGCUACAGUCCCGAACAUGGACACACCGUCAGAGUCUCCCAGGUGGAUGCCGACUGCAUCAGCCCAGAUGUGAAAAAUUCCAUUCACGUUGGAGACCGGAUCUUAGAAAUUAAUGGGACGCCCAUUCACAACGUUCCUCUGGAUGAGAUUGACCUGCUGAUCCAGGAAACGAGCCGGCUGCUGCAGCUCACCAUCGAACACGACCCUCACAGCCAGUCGGGACAGGAGGGAGGCUCCUCGGAGGCUGAGGACCAGGUGGACGGUCCGUUGUCCACCCCACUGUCAGAAGGGCCCAGCCCCAUCCUACCCAUCACCCAGCCUCCCAAUCCAGACAUCAGCAACCUGAAAUCCCGCAUCAUCACGCGAAGUUACAGCACUGAUAAGUCGCCUGGAUCCAGCAAUGCCGCGUCACCAAUCUCCCAGAGGAAGGACAUCAAUCGGUCUGAGUCACUUCGGGUCGUCUCAAACCGGACUCACCGUAUCUUCCGCCCAUCUGACCUCAUCCACGGAGAAGUGCUGGGGAAGGGAUGCUUUGGACAAGCCAUAAAGGUGACACACAGAGAGACGGGUGAGGUGAUGGUGAUGAAAGAGCUGAUCCGCUUUGAUGACGAGACUCAAAAAACAUUCCUCAAAGAGGUGAAAGUCAUGCGAUGCCUGGAUCACCCCAAUGUGCUCAAGUUCAUCGGAGUCCUCUACAAAGACAAGAGACUCAACUUCAUCGCAGAGUACAUCAAAGGAGGCACUUUGCGGGAAAUCAUCAAGAAAAUGGACUCAAACUAUCCCUGGAACCAGCGGGUCAGUUUUGCUAAGGACAUCGCUGCUGGGAUGGCAUAUCUGCACUCCAUGAACAUUAUUCACCGGGACCUGAACUCUCACAACUGUCUAGUCCGAGAGAACAACACAGUGGUGGUGGCAGACUUCGGGCUGGCUCGACUCAUGGUGGACGACAAGAACGGGGAAAAGCUGACGCAGGGAAAGCUGUCUGGCAUCAAGAGGCCCGACCGCCGGAAGAGAUACACGGUGGUGGGAAACCCCUACUGGAUGGCUCCAGAGAUGAUCCAUGGGAAGAGCUACGAUGAGAGAGUAGACAUCUUUUCCUUUGGUAUCAUGCUCUGCGAGGUCAUUGGCAGGGUGAAUGCUGACCCCGACUACCUCCCCAGAGCGACGGACUUUGGACUGAACAUCUCGGGUUUCCUGGAGCACUACUGUCCCACCAACUGUCCCCGCGCCUUCUUCCCCAUGGCUGCUGUGUGCUGUGACCUCGAUGCAGACAAACGGCCUGCUUUCUCGAAACUGGAGGAGUGGCUGGAGAACCUAAAGAUGCACUUGGACAUCGGUCUGCCCCUGAUGUCCGAAGUGGAUCAGCUGCACAAGGCCUUCUGGGAGCACCACAGCAUAACACGUCCUGAGAACGGCCUGCACACCCACCCCGAGCAGCCAGAGUAGACCCGAGCAAAACAGGGACAAGUGGGACGUUAUCAGUAACCCCCACAGGGGUGGCGACCACCUUGCCUGGAUUGGCGCAGCGGGCGGAGGAGUCAUGUAAAUACCCCUCCGUGUUUGCGGGAGCAGACUGGCUCAGGCUCAGUAAAUAGACUCAGGGGGAAAAAUGUCAAACUGAGAAAGCCACCUGCGCACACAUAUUGACUUUCAAAGUAAAAUCAAGAGACAUUAAUUAGAAUUGCUUGAUUCUGCUGCACCUGAAGCUACAAUGGAACACAUCAUAUGCAAUCAGACCCGACUUUCAAAUCACAAAUCAGCUCUCGAAUCAUGUAGGUUUAACUUUAGAGGUCAUACCAGGUCAAGAAUACUUGCUGUACUAUUGUAGUGUGUAUGUUCAUGUGGAAAUAUAAUCCCCCCGCCCCCACCCCUAAAAACAAUGCAUACAGCAGACCUUCACUUUAGGCAUCUACAGAAUAUAUUGUGCAGUAGGUGUUUGCAGGUUUGGUUUUGCUUUCUGUUUGGACGUCAAAGACGAGGGAGUGUGAGUGUGUGUGUAUGUCUGUGUGUGUCGUUUAGAGGUUUAGAUCGACUCAUGAAGCAAACCCUUUCAAGCUUUAAAUAGUUCACAGAAGAGCGCAUGACUGUAAAUAAUGCUGUCAGGGCAAAUCCUGGUUCUUCGUGUCCCUCUGACCUCAUUUGGUCACAAACCACUAAUCUACUUGUGUUGCUGCCCCUCUCCCCUAUUUCUUGUGUAGCACUGACUUUCACAUGGAGGUACACGCACCCCUUUUUGGCCUAGAUUUGGUACGUUGUCUCUCAGUUUUAAGAGCCGUUGGCAUAUCUCAUCCGCACCGACAUUUAAAGACUUAGCAGUGUACAUAACCUAUGACAAUGUAAAUGUUUUAAAUAUAGUAAAUGUACAGACAUAUUUUAUAUACGUACGCGACAUUGCCAUAUUUUUAUUGGCCGACCAGAAAUGGAGAGUAGAGGUUUGACUGCAGUUAAAAAGGCACAGCCGAAAGGUUUUUUUCUUCCCCCCCCUCUUCUCUUUCUACAUUUCCACCACUGUGGCAGGUUUGGGGCUUUUACUGUUCGACGUAUGUGCAAUCUUAAUCCCUAAAACGUUAUUUUAAACCCCGUAAAUGUUACAUUUUCGUCUUUUCUCUCUAUCCGAAAAAGCAGCAGUCAACCUGCGAGCUUUUGUGUCGCCACAGAUGUCCGCUGGAAUAAACGUUAAAAUAAUACUGGAUCAAUCUAAUCGCAGAGCAAUCAAGCAGUUCUUAAGGGUUCCCUCUUCUCUCGUGUACUGUACAGUAGUUAAGGUACUGCCUCAUUACGUCAGCUGUCUGUCUCACACCUCUGUCUCUUGUUUACAUGUAAACGCCGGCUGUAAAUAUCACUGUAUUCCUUCCAUUGUCUGUGUGCAUCCUCAGAAAUAAUCUCCUUUGCACCUUCUAACAUGAGACAUUUAUAUCUG